GCCCGUUCCGUUCCGUUCCUUGCCCCCAGUUCAAACCUCGAAAGCCGAAGCGGAGCGGACAGGCAAACGAAACGAGCAGCGGAGCAGCCAUGGGGAGGCCACGAGCGACCCCCGCCGCCGCCUCCAGGCCGAGGCGCAACCCCAAGCCGAAGCAGGACCCCUCCUUCCUCUUCCCGCUCGCGUCGCCGGCGCCCGCGUCGCGCACCCGCACCCGCAAGCGCCCCGUCCGCGGCGGCGCUUCCUCCCCCGCGUCGUCGUCCCCGGGCUCCUCCCCCGCCGACCUCGGCAUCAGCUUCCUCUCCUCGCCGGGCUCCUCCGCCUCGCCCCCGAAGCCCAGGGCACGGGCCAAGCCCGCCGCGCGCUCGCCGCUCGUCGCCAGCCCCCGCGUCGCCGCCGCCUCCCCUUCCCCCGCCGUGUCUCCCCAGCCCGCGCCGGCGGCUGGGGCGUCCAGCGUCGGGGACCUCAGGAGCGCCGUCGCCUCGCAGAUGGAGGACCUCAAGCGCCGCCUCGACGCGUUCCACUCCCGCGCGCACGCCGACCUCGACGCGUCCUUCUCCCGCGUCUCCAAGCGAAUAAAGACCCAAAACCAGACCUGUCAGCAACUAACAGAUGAAGUUGACAAGGAGUACAAGAAGAUGUCUGAUAAUAUAAAACAAAGUUCUGAGAUUGUCAAGGCAAAGUUCAAGCAGAUCAUUGCAGAGGCACAGUCAUCCACGACUCGUGUGUGCAAGGUGACUAUCCCUGAGAUGACAAAAUCUGUGGAGAAAGCUAUUGAUGGUCUUCGUAGCCGUUAUAAUAUCUCAAUGCCAGCUUAGUUACCAGUUCAAGUUCUGUUCACUACACUUCUGAAUAGCCUUCUUCACAUCAAUUGGACCGUUGAAUCCUUGUUCGGGAUGGUGUGGUCGUUGUUUUGAUAUCUAUAGAUAAUCAGCAGAGUACAGACAGCAUAGAAACAUCGAAUGUUAGUUCAUCAGCAUAGGAAUAAGCACGUAAUAUCAAGAGAGUUUAUCAGUAUCUUUAUCCAAUCCCCCCCCCCCCCCCCCCGACUUUCAGAAGUAUUCAUUCAGUUGCAAAGCAGCCCAUCGUUUGUUAAACUGUUGUUCCCUCUGAGAUUCCUAAACACUAUCAACACCAACGUAAUGUAAUGCUUACUACUCCAUAGUUAUUUUCCUGAUAACUAUGUGGUAUGAGUUUCCGCAUACUCUGCUCCCUCGUAAAGAUGAAGAUUGAGGAUGAACUUUUCUAUGACCAUCCAAAACUCA